AUGGGUCGUCAAAAACUACGGAAAGAUCGUAGACCACCUCCUCGUCGUCCGACUCAAUCUUCACAGACAACACAACCGUUACAACCAUGGACCGAUCAAACGAAUUUACCCUACCUCGCUCCUAGCAUCACCCCUCAAUCUGAAUCUCAUCAUCCAAAUCCAGAUGCAAAUCCAAAUCCCCACUCUCAUUCUCAUUCACAUUCACAUUCUCAUUCCCAUCCUCAUAAUCACUCACAUUCACAUACACAUACCCAUAAUCAUAAUCAUGAUCAUACAAACUCACAUGUUCAUCCCCCCACUCAAGCAGGAUCAAGCACCAACGUAUCUCACGCAACAUUAGCAUCUCUAGGUAAAUACGCCCAAGCUGUACAUGAUCGAACUGCCAGAGCGUUAAACAAAGUCGAUCGUCUUUCUGAAAUGUUUCCACCACAAGCUCAACUUGAAGCUAUUGCCAGUGCUGCCGCAGGUCUCGAUCCUAGUGUUUUAGAUCAUCCAGGUUUAGCAGCUGCCAUGAACGGUCAGACUGUACCUGGUAUGACUGAUUCUGUGGCGGCUGGAGGAUCGAUAGAUUUACCUUCUAGUCUUGCUGCGUUAUUCGAAGCGAAAUUAACUUUGGAUAGGGAAAAAGCUAAAUUGGUAAAGAUGCAGAAGGAGUUGAAAGGUUAUAAAGAGGAUGUGGCUAGUAUGACGAAGACCAAUGGAGAGGCUAGUGGAAGUGGGAGUGGUAGUGGAUCGGUUAGAGCAUCUUAUUUAUGUACUUGUGGACAAGAACAUCAUUACGAUUCCGAAGAUGAAUACUAUGAAUAUUCCGACGAAGAAUGUUCAGGUGAUUGCAUGUGUAACUGUCACGAAAUCCAAAAUCAUUCUCACCCUCAUUCUCAUUCUUCAGCUCACAUUCAUCCAAUCCACGAACCAUGUUCUCAUCAUGCAUCUUUAGAAUAUGUCGACGAAGAAGAGGAAGAAGAUGAUGAUGAUGAUGAAGAGGAAAUGGACGAAGAUCAAGCUAUUUUAUUAGAUUCAGAAGCAAUGGCAGAAGCUGCAAGGUUUGACGGUGGUAGUGAUAAAUAUGAUUAUACAUAUUCCACUUCAUUAGAUUUAUGGAAUGGAAAACAAGAGACUAGGUAUAGAAGUAAAGUUAAGAGUAACGAACAAGAACAAACAAAGUUGUUCAAUGAUGUAUUAGGUAAAAUGGCUGUUUUGAGAGAGUUGGAAAAAGGAAAAGAUAAUUUGAACGAGGAAAAGUUGGAAGUAAAGAUGAAACCAUUAUCAGAAGAUCCGGAGAGAUUAAAAUUUCAAGAUGAUGAUGGUGGUUGUGAGCAGUUGAAAGAUGGCGAGAUAAAGGAAGGGAAAGUGUUUGAAGAAGCAGUUAAAGAAUUAUUCAAUUGGAUCAAAGCUGUCGUUUGGACUAUAGAACAAGCCGCUUUAGUAGCUGGUCGACGUAAGUGGGCACAGCAGGCAAAGUGA